AUGACGAUCAUAUGUAGUGAAACUGGAGUAGAAACAAAUUUCCUGGUAUGGUUGAAGUUUCAAGUUGCCAACCUUCAUGAAGAUGGAGAGCAGUAUGAGGAGUUGGCGCCGGGUGUUGUUGCAGCAUUGCAGCGCACUAUGACUCUUGUGGUGGACAGGCUGAACGAAGAGAAGGAGAGGGCACCGUGUUUGGGGGAGGGCGAAGGCCGUGUCAGAAUGUUGGGCUCGCAGCGGCGCAUCGCGCUGGACGUGCUGCUGGCGUGCUGGGGCCUGGGCACGUGGCUCGGCGUCAACGGGCUGUACGUGCAGCUGCCGCUGCUCGUGGAGCGGCUGCCCGAGGGCUGGACGCUGCCGGCCUCCAUGGCGCUGGCGGUGCAGCUCGCCAACGUGGGCCUAGUGCUGUACGCCGUUCUGCGCCGAUUGUCUCCGCGCACCCCCGACGCCACCUACAUCUACGCGCUGCUGGCCAUCGGCACCCUCGCCCUCACGCUCAACUCGUUCCUGUACACCGCCACGGCGCCGGUGGGCGGCACCGAGCGCUCGGUGGCCUUCCUCGCGUUGACGUUCUUCGCGGCGUUGGUGGGCUGCACCAGUUCCGUGCUGUUCUAUCCGUACCUAAGACACUUCCGCGAGGUGUACCUGGCGACGUACCUGGUGGGCGAGGGCCUGAGCGGCUUCAUCCCGAGCAUCCUGGCGCUGGUGCAGGGUGUGGGCGGGGAGCCGCAUUGCGUGCCGUCGGCGGACAACUCGACGCUGGUGGCGCUGUACCCGCCGGCGCGCUUCGACACCACGGUGUUCCUGCUGCUGCUGGGCUCGCUGGCGGCGCUGAGCCUCGUGAGCUUCACGUCGGUGCACAACCUGAGGGCGUUUGAUUCGGAGCGCGUGACGCAGGCCGCCCUGGCGAAGGACGACGAGGCGUCGGCGCCCGAGGAGAGCCUGGCGCGGCCCGCGUGGCUGCUCGUGAUGGCGCUCAUGGUGUGCCUGAACGCGCUCUCGAACGGCGUGAUGCCGUCGGUGCAGUCGUACUCGUGCAUGCCGUACGGGGUGCGCGCGUACCACCUGGCGGUGGCGCUGGGCGCGAUGGCCAACCCGGCCGCCUGCCUGGCCGGCGUGUGGCUGCGGCCGGCCGCGCCGCGCCUGCUGGCCGCGCUGCUGGCCGCCGCCGCGGCGCCCCUCGCCUACAUCCUCGCCACGGCGCUGCUCAGCCCGGCGCCGCCGCUGCAGCACCGGCCCAUAGGCGAGGCCCUGGUCGUGGCGGCGUGGGUGGCGUGCAGCGCGUGCGUGUCGUACGCGCGCAUGUGGGUGUACGGGUGGGCGCGGCGCGGGGGCGCGCGCGGCAUGCGGCUCUGCGGCGCGGCCACGCAGGCCGGCUCGGCGCUGGGCUCGCUCCUCCUCUACCUGCUCGUCAACCACACGCGACUCUUCACGCAGCCAGACGCCUGCCCCGCUCUCCGCGCCUCUCCCGUGCCGCAACUG